GGAGGGGGCCGGUCGGGCCGUCGUAGCCCCGGGAACGGAACCGCCCAGUUGACACCACCGCCCGCUCCGUCAUCCACGAUACCCCCCAACUCCAACCGAUAGACAGUUGAACAUCACUGAACUCCAACCCUCCAGUCAUGGAUGUAGCUUACGACCACAUCCAGGAGGAGAUCUUCUCCUCCAACGACUCCUCAAAGAAGGAACCCUCCCAGAACGAACCCACCACCCAAGACCGCCCCAACGUCGACCUCAACGCCGAACUGCAGGAAACCUUUCGCGCCUUCUCCGCCAGCCCCUGGGGUGCCCGCAUAGGCGGACUAUGGGACAAUGUCCGCAAGCAGGGCGAAAGUUACUACGAAGGCGCCCGUCAAGAAUACGCCGCUGCCAGCGAAGAAGCCGUUAAGGGGUUCUCGGAUCUGAAAAGUAGCAUCGUCGGGCGCACGCGGGGUUUAUCCCUGAGCACGGCGUUCAAUAACUCGGGACCUUCCACCGCCACUACGAGUACCGAUAAGAGCAAGGAGGAAGCGGAAACAUCCACCCCGAAAGCUGUCGAGGGAGGGGAUGAGGCGACGGCGACGGCGACGGCUGGUUCGAGUGAGGGUUUCCUCUCGCGGUUCAAGGCCGAGGCGGCUCGACGACUCAAGGAGAUCGAGAAGGCGGAGGAAGCAGCCGACGAGGCGAUCUUGCGGUUUGGAAUGAAUAUUGGUCAGAAGCUGCGUGAUGCGGUGAGCAUUGUGCCGCCGAGCAACGAGUCCUCGGAUAAGCUGCUGUUUGAGAGUAAGGAUGCGGAGGGGAAGAGGGUUAUUCAUGCUACGCGGUUCGAAGCUCAGCUUCAUGUCAUUCAUUCCAAUCUGGAGAGCUUCUCGAAGGAUCCCGUUAGUGAUGAAUGGGCUGUUUUUAAGCAGUCGUUCAAUGUCGAUGAUAAGACUGAUGCGAUCGCCGCGGAUCUGGAGAAGUACCCUGAGCUGCGCUCGGCUAUGGAGAAGCUGGUUCCUGAGCAGGUUGAAUAUGCGACCUUUUGGUCUCGGUACUACUUCCUGCGUCUGGUGAUUGAGACGGAGGAGCAGAAGCGCAAGGAGCUUCUUAAGGAUGUCAACGUGGACGAGGAAGAAGUCAAGUGGGACGAUGAUUCCGACGACGACAACACCGACUCCCCUUCCACGCCUCAAGUCAAGUCCAGCGCUAACAAGACUGCAACCCCCGCCCCCACCGAUAAGGAUACCUUGAAGCCCACGGAACCCCGCCGGUCCAACGACCAGCAAUCCCAACCCGACAGCGAAUCCAGCUACGAUCUUGUCAGCGGUACUACCAGUCGCACUCCUGCUAGCCCCAAGGAGAAGCCCAAGGAUGAUGAGAGCGACGAUGACUGGGAGUAAAUAACUCGUCUACAAGUCCGGUUGGAUCGA